AUGAGGGUGGAGGAGGCUCGAGAAGAAUCCGAUAGCGUCGAUGGUGAUAAUGUUGUACUGGAAUCUGUUCGGCAGAGUCAAGAUCCCGAGUACAUCAGAAAGGUUGCCGCCGAGGAGUCAAGAUUUCGAAACCGAUACCUCGCCGAGAGGACGAACACCGAACAGCAGCAGGAGAUUCAUUUGGCUGGACCUAGUAACGUUGCUGUGGCGACUAGUUCUACGACUGGAAAUGUCGAAGAGGAAAAAGUAGAAGAAGGCCACAAGGAGGAUGAUGACCAGAACACCUGGGAAAUAAACGAGAUGCAUGCUGCCGAAGUUGCCAUUGGAAUAAACACUGAUGAAGCAGCAACUUCCCAUGGACUACAACGACCGCCGAUAGUUUCACAGCCUGGUGCCUAUAAAUCGGCACCAGGAACAGAAGUCCGUCGAGUGGAACGUAAAGGUGGUCUUACAGUCUUGAGUGAUCCGCAUCGCUUUUCUGUCCGUGCCCCCAUGUCAUCAACGGAAGACGAAGGUCUAAUUGUCACUCAAGAAGAAGAAAUUGGGACCAUAUCGUUGCCUAGUGUCUCAAUUGGAUCAUCAUUGCCAGCCAAUCAUAAUGGCCUUGUGGAAGCCGAUCCAGUUCAGGAGGAAGGAUUGCCUCAGGCACAACAAUUCGAUCUAGAUGGAAACGAAAGACGACAGAAAGGGCACAGACGAGCUGCAUUUAUACGAGCUUUUGUCGUGGGUGCUCUUAUCUUGACUGGCAUUUCAGUAGCUAUCACAAUCCUAGCGGUGGUCAAGGAUGGCGCGUACAAGCCAUAUUCGAAUGAAGACAAGGCUUCGAUUCGUCGUCUUUAUAAUGUCUCUGGUCCUUGCAAUGAUAAGGGUGAAAUUGAAGCCCUGCUUCUUUCUCGGUUACAGCUUGGAAACUCUACCAAUAAGCCAAAACUCCCGCCAGAACUGACACUUUUGAGCAGCUUGAAAUUAGUUGGCCUCCCAGGAAAUGAACUCAAUGGAACGUUUGACGAUUUGAUGCACAAAGAGAUUUAUCAAAUGCCAAGUUUGCGUCUCAUCCUAUUCAAUUACAAUAGUUUCACUGGGACAAUCCCAGAAGACCUCUGGCAAAUGACAAAACUUUCCGCAAUUGAAUUUUGGGGGAACCAGCUGACAGGGACCCUGCCUUCUCAGCUGGGAUUGAUGACAGACCUGAGAACCCUUGAUUUUGAAUCCAACCCCUUGAAUGGCACAAUUCCAACUGAGACUGGCAUGAUGGAAUCCCUGCGAGGUCUUUGGCUUGCCUACACACAGGUUUCAGGGCCUCUGCCCUCAGAAAUUGGAUUGGCCACCAGCUUAACGCGGUUAAACACCGUUUUCAACAACCCUGGACUCUCUGGUGCCUUGCCAUUAGAACUAUCGGUUCUACCCAAUCUGCAGAUUCUGGAACUAUCUGGAAAUAGGUUCACUGGUACCUUUCCACCAGAACUGGGACAGUUGACAGGCCUUUUCAAGCUAGCGGUUGAUGACAACAGCAUCUCAGGCACCAUUCCUUCUAACCUUGGAUUGCUUGCAGGUUUGCAAUACUUGGAAAUUCACAACAACUGUUUUUGGGGCACAUUCCCAGAGGCAUUUGCUACAUUGGCAGUGGGAAACAAUGUAUCAGCUUUGCAACGGUUGACUUUGGGAGGCAACCAAUUCUCGGGGGUUGUGCCGCCAGAAGUGUGUUCUUUGGGGGAUUGGGAUGUAGUUACUAGGCAGGGUGUGGCCUUUGACUGUAACAGUACUGUCCUCUGUGGAUGUGACUUUUGUUCAUGCCAUGCUAUGCAGAACUACACGGUGGAAGACAACAACCAAACAGCAGCAUGA